ACCAGAAAUGUAUGAACUGCACUUCAGCGGUUGCUGACGGCAGUUCUCCUUCUAACACAGAAGAAUUCAGGACUAGUUCUUAGGCAAAAUGGAGUCGCCCACAGCGGAUUUUGGCGCUGACUUUAUUUAUAAUUUAUCAUCUUGAGGUAUGUAAUAGAAUUUUUAUAUGGCAUGCACCUGCUAGGAAAUGCGUACUCUUUUCAAUGGUAUUUGUUUGAUAUUUAAAUUUUCUUCUCCUUUAAUACAAAACUGCUUCACAGCUUCAUAAGUUCAAAACCAGGUUGUGUUAAUGUUUAUAAUUUAUAUAUGGUGUGGACAUAGUUCUGUUGUCUUGCAUACAGGUCUGGUGAUUAUCAGCCUUACUUCGUGAAUAUCGUCCAAUGUUGUUAAUUUCCCUGUACCCUCCCUUGUUAUCUUUCACCUUGUCAUCUGUUUGCCGCUGCCUCAUGGGAGUGAUGUGCUCGGAUGUCUGCAGUCUCCAGUUACCAUAGAAACCUGAUCAUUAUCAUGACAGUGACAUUUUCUCGGCAGGUACCACUGUGGAAUCAGAAGCAGGCAAAGUCUGUGGAUCAGCCAGUUGUUUGGGAUUACCAUGUGAUCCUGCUACAUCGUCAGAGCAGCUCAGUUGUCCAGGUGUACGACCUGGAUACGCGGCUGACAUUUCCCUGUUCAUUCCGGAGAUACGCUCAGCAGGCCAUACACUCUGAGGACUUCCUGAAACCAGAAUAUAAACGGUACUUUCGAGUGAUUUCUGCUGAAACAUAUCUGCGUCACUUUGCAUCUGACAGAACCCAUAUGUUGGGCGAGGAUGGGAGCUGGCAGAAAACACCUCCACCUUAUCCUUGUAUACAAACCCCAGAGUCAAACAACAACAUUGCCGAUUUCAUCAGCAUGGAUCCGUCAGUUGGCUGGGGGACUGUGUUAUCACACGGUGAAUUCACAAGGAGGUUCCUACCGUCUUGACACCAGCUACGCACCUCACUGAGGGACUGUGUUAUAACAUGGUGAAUUCACAAGGGGGUUUCUACCAUCUUGACACCAGCUACGCACCUCACUGAGGGACUGUGUUAUAACAUGGUGAAUUCACAAGGGGGUUUCUACCAUCUUGACAUCAGCUACACACCUCACUGAGGGACUGUGUUAUCACAUGGUGAAUUCACAAGGGGGUUUCUACCAUCUUGACACCAGCUACACACCUCACUGAGGGACUGUGUUAUUACACGGUGAAUUCACAAGGGGGUUUCUACCAUCUUGACACCAGCUACACACCUCACUGAGGGACUGUGUUAUCACAUUGUGAAUUCACAAGGGGGUUUCUACCAUCUUGACACCAGCUACACACCUCACUGAGGGACUGUGUUAUCACACGGUGAAUUCACAAGGGGGUUUCUACCAUCUUGACACCAGCUACACACCUCACUGAGGGACUUAUCCGUCAUUCUGAGUUUACGCUGCGCUAUAUUUUACACUCCGUCCUCAUUUUAGUGGUCCAUUUUUUAUCAUAAUGAUUAUAAAAAUCAUCAGUUUAUUGACCAUUUUUAAAUGCUAGACUGCCUGCUUAAAUUUUGUGGUUAUGUGUCCAUUUUGUGAUGACAGUUGUAUUUUGUUACUUAUAUAUUUAUAUGUAUUUGAGUCAUUUAAAAUAUGUAUAUGUUGAAUUUAGAGAGUGCAUGACAAGUCGGUGAAAACAAUCUAAAUGAAUAUCGUACUUGUGUCAGUUUACAUAAAAUUUCACCAAAGUUCAGUCCAGUAUUUGACUGAUUAUAAAGUUUUUUCAAGAAAAUCUCCAUAUUGGACUAUUGGGGAAAAAAGGUUGAGUGAAACUGGACAUGAUGUAAAUCUGCUGACGACCCAAGGAAUUGAACUCUGGACCAUGUUAAUCAGAGGGCACUGUGCUGUUUGCAGUAGUGCAUUUAUGAACCAAGCCAUACAUUUAGCAGGGGGUCUUCGUGGUCGAGGAGUUAGCACGUCACCACAACGCAAUGACCCAGAAGCCUCCCACCAAUGCAGUAGCUGUGAGUUCAAGUCCAGCUCAUGCUGGCUUCCUCUCCGGCCAUGUGUGGGAAGGUCUUCCAGCAACCUGCCAAUGGUCGUGUUUCCCCCGGGCUCUGCUCAGUUUCCUCCCACCAUCUUAUAUGUGAAAUAUUCUUCAGUACGGCGUAAAACACAUACAUGAAAUAAAUAAAUACAUUUGGCAAGAACAUUUAAGGGAGAACACAUAGAAAAUACAUGUAGAUA